AUGGUGGACAGUAAUUCCAUCCAGGUCCUCCGUCUCUUCGAGUUCAUGCGACUCAACGAGCUCGAGAUUAUGAGAUUCCAAGAUGAUGACUGCCUUCUAAUCCCUUACUUGACCGAUCUGGUCACUGCAUGUCAAGAAGUUGGAGUGAGUAUUAGCUUGCGCAACCUGGGUCUGUCAAUGGCGGGUGGUGGGGACGACUCACAAUUGAAAGCAGAAAAGCCAUCUUGGAAUCCAAAUAUCGCUUCAUCUCGUCCUUCGACACAUUAACAUACCUCUCGUUGAUGAGCUACGCUGUGAACCGUGGACACGCGGAUUUGUUUUGAGCUAUACUCAAGCACAAGAACCUGCGCACUUUGAGGAUCGAGUACGAUGAUCUGUGGCGAAACAUUAUCCCAUAUCUCUCAGCGGCGCAUGUGCAGACGCUGAUUGAAGGCCUACCGUAUAUGCAAGAAUUUGAAUUCUCUCCUGAUGACACGCAGAUCCUAUGUCCCUCUCUAGUUUUAUCAGAAGGACAUUAGAAAUACUGAUCAACACGAAUAGAACCAAAUCAGCCACGCUCUCGCCCAAUCUCGUACUCUCAAAACCAUAACAUGCUUCCCUACGCAACCUAGAGAGACUCUCCUCAACCCGACCGCCCGUGCUUCGAUGUCUUGUAUAGCAUCGUGCAAGGCUUUCUAGCACGCGCCCAGACUCCACUAUGGAAGGGCGCAGAUUUUGUCUGGGAAAACCACUACAAGCUCCGAAUCAUCCGGAUUAGGUCAACCUUCGUCCUAGCAUCUUAA